UACUCAUACAGAACGCACGUCAAUGUAACUUGUAAAUAUGCCGCACUUUUGGGAGAACUUUGGAAAAAGCUCCCAUUCCACGCACCGAAAUUUGCAAGACGGUUUAUUUCAAAUUGCUUCACAAACUUGUAGCCUAUUAGUGCAAGUGAAUAACACAAAUAAUAUUAGUUAUGGAAAUCAUUCCACGAACAUUCACUGUAACACCAUGGAUCAACAAGCACAGCCGUCGUGUAGCACAAACUCAACACGUGACAAACAUGAACAACUGUUAGUGCUUUUACCUCCAACAAAUGGCCGAAAUCCAAAGUAUAGGCCAGGAGCAUUGGGAAAACCUAGAUUGUCUACUGUUUUGGAAUCCCCUACAAGUUUGGGCCACGAAGAAGAUAACGAUAUUUGGAGUCAAACGUACAUGCUACCUGGUGAGGAUGGAAAUACAGCUUUGAAACGAUGGGGACAAAAGCAAGCUUGGUGCAAACCGUCAUGCAUUCCAAUAAGCAUUAUCUUAGUUCUAAUUUUCCUUGUUGUGCUUCUGCCGUUGCUGGACCAUGCAAUGGAAAGAUCAGAUGUGCAAGUGACUCCAGUUAUUUCUGACUUAUUUCCAGAUACUUGCAAAUUAUCGCUAGUGGAAAGCAUUCCAGAAGGCCUUACAUAUCCCCGAAAUGCAACUUCAUUCCCUUCAACAUAUCACACAUGGUUAGAAUUAAUAAAUUCAACGCGCCAUACAAUAGAAAUUGCAUCAUUUUAUUGGACUUUGAGAAGUUCUGAGGUCUAUCCACAUCCUUCCUCAUAUCAGGGAGAAGAAGUAUUCCAGGCGUUAUUAAACACAGGACUAAAUAGAGGCAUUAAAAUAAAAAUUGCUCAAAGCGCUCCGAAUCGUAAUAAUCCAAAUAUUGAUACAGAGUACUUGGUAAAACGAAAAGCUGCUGAAGUGAGGAGCGUCAAUUUCCCACAGUUGUUAGGAUCCGACGGUGUCUUGCAUACCAAAUUAUGGAUUAUUGAUAGAACGCAUUUCUACAUAGGAAGCGCUAAUAUGGAUUGGCGUUCUUUAACCCAAGUUAAAGAAAUGGGAAUAGUCGUACAUAAUUGUACUAGCCUUGCAGAAGACAUUGGAAAGAUCUUUGAUGUGUAUUGGAUCUUAGGUGAGCCAGGAGCAAAGAUACCUAGUUAUUGGCCUUCGUAUUUAGAAACAAAGUACAGCAUUAACACACCUAUGAAUCUAACUUUAGAUAACGACACCUUCCAAACAUACAUAUCAAGUUCGCCACCGCCCCUGUCCCCAGGUGGUAGAACUAACGAUUUAGAAGCAAUUGUGAAUAUUAUACAAAAGGCUGAGAAAUUUGUAUACAUAUCUGUCAUGGAUUAUUUUCCUUUAACAAUUUAUUCGCCAAAAAUUAAAUAUUGGGCCUCCCUAGACAAUGCUUUAAGGUCUGCUAUUAUAGAUAAAAUCGAAGUGCGAUUGUUAAUUAGUAAAUGGAAUAAUACAAGAAGGUCUGAGCACUAUUUUCUAAAAUCACUAGCCGAUAUCGCGGACUCCUACCCAAAAGCAAAAGUUGAAGUGAGAUACUUCGUAGUACCUGCAACACCAUCACAAGCAAAAAUACCGUUUGCACGCGUAAAUCACAACAAAUAUAUGGUUACAGAUAACACGGCAUAUAUAGGCACUUCUAACUGGUCUGGAGAUUAUUUCAUUGAUACUGCUGGCAUUGGUUUUGUUGUCCAUGACCCUAUUUUUAACAGGAAUGAUUCCCAUAUUACAGUACGUAGUCAACUUCAAGCUGUAUUCGAACGAGAUUGGAAUUCUAAUUAUUCCUACCCAAUAUCAUACUUUAGAUUCUAAAAAUGGUUAAUAGUUUAUUUGUACAUAUUUUAUAUUAUCAAAACCAAAAGAUAUUUUCGAUACUGUAUGAUUUUCCCAUAAUGAUAUUUGAGAGAAAUAAAAAUUUUUAUUGUUA